AUGCGAAUCGCUCUUCUAAUUUUUGGGGCCUGUCUGCUGGCCCUAAUCGGAGGUGUCUAUUCCGAAUGCUGCACCACCAAGGUGAACCUUGAGUAUAAAAUCUCGAGUGGCGGGUGUGGUGCCGUUGGAGGAAGGCGAUCCGGUAACGCCUGCAAGGUAACCAUCUGUGGCAAUGGUGCCGCCCUGGUGGGUACAUAUUGCGGAAAGGGUCCUUGCAACUGGUUCGGAUGUGCCUGUCGAAACGGUUGUCUGCAGGGCAACUGGGUUUCGGAUUUUUUGGCCCGAAACAAGCGAUACAAUAUCGAUGUCUUGGACGCACAAUGGACCGGCUGA